AGACCUUUAAUCGGUUUACCGUCAUCCUAAAGUGCAAAAGUCACGAAAACAACUCCUAAAACGAGACCCUAUACAGAUUCGGCUCUAGUAAAACCCAAGAACCUUCUUGGCUUUUGUUGAAUUGAAAAAUAAAGAUGUACAGCAGUGAGUUCAGGUAAAGCAGGCCUCUUUUCGCCUGUCAGUUGUGCAUGAAUAGUCUGAAGCGUGUGUGUCAGCACUGUUUUCUCAGGCCACACAAAAUCCCCGGAGAGGAAUUCCAGGCUUGGGUUUCUCCGGGACCUUGUUUAUUUUCCCCCCGGUUUUUCCUCCCUCUCACCUACAUGACAGAAACCUGAGAGAAGCUCCACCGAGUCACAAAGCUCUGCUUUCAGUAGGAGCCCGAACGCCAUGGAGGAAACAUCAGAAAAAGUUCCUUUUGAGCCUUACAGUAGCUUGAAGCCCAGAGGGUUUGUGCGAGUGAAGAAGACGGCGCUCGUAGCCUUCAUCGCCGGCGCCGUUCUGCUGCUUUUUGGAGGCAUUGGAGCUUUUUACUUGUGGAAAGUCAGCGAGAAAGACGCCAUCAGCGCUCACUACAGCAACAUCGAUAUAAAGGUAGAAGAUGAUUCAGAUGCUGGAGAUGUGAAGAUCGUGGAAGUUCAGGACUUCAAGGCUGGCAUUACAGCGGUCAAGUUCCCUGGAAAAGAGAAGUGUUACAUUAAAUCACAAGUCAGAUCUGAGCUUUCCGAGGAGAAAGCUGACGUGGGUUCUCUGGUCUGGAUCGCAUCUGAAGAACCGCUGAAGGACAUCAGUUUUCUGAGCGCCGAAAUACUGAGGUUCUGCGGAGAACUUCCCAUUUACUGGCAUCAUCCCGCAAACUCCAGAGCACUGAGGAAGAGGAGAAGCACGCCGAGGCUGAGACGGCAGAGUACAGGUAGAUUAAAUCGACAGCCGGCGAGACGCCGAAACUCCACCAGUUCAGCCGGAGAGGGGCCGACGGGGCCCCCUUACAACCCUGAGAACCCUUAUCAUAGGAACCAGGAGGACUCAGAGGGGCACAUGGUGUUCGAUCCCAUGCUGGACCACCGUGGCAUUUGCUGCUCAGAAUGCCAUCGCAGCUACAGACAUUGUGAGCGGGUCUGUGAGCCUCACGGGGGCUACUGGCCGUGGCCUUACCACUACCAAGGCUGUCGUCAGGUCUGCAGGGUCAUCAUGCCGUGCCGCUGGUGGGCCGCUCGCAUGCUCGGCCUCGUGUAAGCACUCGCGUUUCUGCUGGAGCUCCAACGGAAGUGCAAUGAAGCAUUUUCAACUAAAUGAAACCUCCAGUGUAAACGGAAGACGCGUGGAUAUACGCAUAAAGUUUAACCUAGCGAUAGUUAGUUUUAACAGACACGUGUUUUUAGGACUAUUAAAAGAGGCUUUU